AUGGGCGCCGUCAUGGCCAUAUCCCAGGCGCAGCAGCGCGCCCUCGUCUUCGCCGCAACCUUCUUCUUCAUCGCCAGUGUCUACCUCUGCACCACGCGCCUCUUCAACAUGUCCUUCACCCACGAGGCCCUCGGCAGGCACGCCGCCACCGACACCAGCAGCAGGCCACAGCAGCAGCCGCAGCCGCAGCCGCAGCACGACGACGGCGACGAGAUCCGCCUCGGGCCCGCAGACCUGCCCAUGUCGUACGGCGAGUACCGCCGCCCCAACGUCGACGGCCUCAGCCUCAUCGCCUCGCUGCCGCGCGAGUACGUGCCCACCCCCGGCAACGGCCGGCGCCUCCUCGUCGUCGGCGAUGUCCACGGCAUGGACGCCGAGCUGACCCGGCUGCUUGGCCAUGUGGGUCACGACCCCGCGCGCGAUCACGUCGUGGCCGUCGGCGACAUGGUCAGCAAGGGUCCCGACUCGUCCGCCGUCGUCGCUCGCCUCAUGGGCCUCAACGCCAGCGCUGUCCGCGGCAACCACGAGGACCGCGUCUUGCUGUCCCGCGCAGAGGUGGACAAUGUGCAGGGCAUCAGCGCGCAGCUGGCCUCGCCCGAGGCCGAGCGCCACAGGGGCCAGGCCGCGCACCUCGCCGUCGCCCGCAGCCUGUCGUCCGAGCAGGUUGACUGGCUGUCCAAGCUCCCCGUCGUCCUCGAGGCACACCCGCUCCCGCUGUACAUUGUCCACGCCGGCCUGGUCCCCGGCGUUCCCGUCGAGAGGCAGGACCCCUGGGCCGUCAUGAACAUGCGCACCCUAGUCUACCCGCGCGAAGACCUCCGCAAGAAUGAGAAGCAAAAGAAGAAGCAGGACCUGCGCCGCCGACAAGACGCCACCUCCGCCGCCGCCGUCGAUGAUGACGACACCAUCGACAAGACCGCCCCCGACCCCGACCGCGCCGUCGCCGUCCCCGUCGAACACCGCAAGGGCGAGCCGUGGCCCAACGCCUGGAACCGCCACCAGAUGCGCCUCCCCAAGCCCGCCCGCCGCACCGUCAUCUACGGCCACGACGCCAAAACCGGCCACGUCGAGGGCAAGUACACCCUGGGCAUCGACUCGGGCUGCGCCGCCGGCGGUGCGCUGACCGCCCUCGUCAUCGAGGGCGCCGAGGACGGCGGCUUCAAGCGCAAGACGAUGCAGGUGAUGUGCAACAAGGCGUCAUAG